AUGGCCAAGUGGUUCAAGGAGCACCUAGGAUUCAAAACUACCAAAGCACCCCCUCCGGCGCCCCCGAAGCCGGACUACAGGCACUGCCACACCGGGCAGCCCGGACAGCCCGGGUCCGGAGCCGCCUUCCCCAGCCCCGCACAGCCGGACAUCCUCGCUGCCUACAAACUCCAGAAGGAGCUGGACUUCGAAGACCCGUACACUCCGGGUGGAAAUAUUUCCUUCGGCUCGAGCCUGAACGCCGUGGUGGGCUCGCCGGAUAUCAAGUACGUGUCACCCAAGCACCGGCUCAUCAAGGUGGAAACCGUCGAAAAGAGCAGCCCGGCUCCCGGAGGGGGGGUGACGGUCACGCAGACCGUGGCCGUGGCCGUCAGCAGCGUUAAGUCCCCCACCUCGCCCCCCUCGGACCACGACAACAAGGAGAAGCUGAUUAUCCUUGAAGACUACGCCGACCCUUUCGAUGCCGAGCAAGCUGGAGGCACUCAGACUGCCACGGAAAAAGUCACCACAGAGAACGAUGGCUACAUGGAGCCCUACGAGGCCCAGAAGAUGAUGGCAGAGAUCAGGUCUGGUGGGCGAGGGUCUAAGGAAGGCCCAGUGAGGCAGCUGCCCCUGUACGACACACCCUACGAACCAGCCGAGAACGGGGGCGACUCGGACCCCGAGCGCUCACGAUGCCCCAGAGAGAGCCGACUGCCCCAAGAUGACGAGCGACCCCCCGAGGAGUACGACCAGCCAUGGGAGUGGAAGAAGGAGAGGAUUUCCAAAGCAUUCGCAGCUCUGCUUUGUUAUGACUGCAUUAGCUACGAGGGCUCUGUAAGUGGCACUGGAUCAGAUCCCCACAGAAGAAAGGACUCCACCUCUAAAUCCCUCACAGUAGAGAUUAAAGUGAUCAAGGACCUACCGUGGCCCCCCCCUGUUGGCCAACUCAACACCAGCCCUCCCCCGGCGGAGGAGCUGGAGUCUCCUUCCCAGACAGCUCAGCCGUCACCCGGACAGACGAGCUGUGACCAGCACCACCAUGUCCAGUUUGAUGGGGUGGAAAAGUCCCGAAUGUCACCCACCAAGGAUGGUAAAAGUCGCCCCCUGCAGCGACACUCCAGCGGCUGUCUGGUUAACACGAAAAUGACCUCGGUAGACCACUGCAGCUCUUCUCUCGGGGAGCGUAUCGACCCCACGAUGCCUCUGGAAAGCCAGUUUUGGUACCACGGAGCCAUCAGCCGAACCGAUGCAGAGUCUCUGCUCAGGCUCUGCAAGGAGGCCAGCUACCUGGUGAGAAACAGCGAGACCAGCAAGAAUGACUACUCGCUCUCCCUUAAGAGCAGUCAGGGCUUCAUGCACAUGAAGCUGUCCCGGACGAAGGAGAGCAAGUACAUCCUGGGCCAGAACAGCUGCCCCUUCGACAGCGUGCCCGAGAUCAUCCAUUUCUACUCCAGCCGCAAGCUCCCCAUCAAGGGCGCCGAGCACAUGUCCCUGCUCUACCCGGUAGCUAUCAGGACACUAUAG